AUGUCUAUUAAAUAUUCAAAAUCAAUGGAUUUUACGCAUAAAGUAAAUGCAUUGGUUUCUGACUUAACUACACAACUGAUAGCAAAAGAAGAUUAUACGCAAAACAUAUUGAAAAUACACGAAAAUACUUACGAUGAAAGCCUUUGCCGAGAUUUUUGCGAUAUGUUUAUCGCAGCUAAACGUAAGGCAGAGACCGAGUGCCUGCCGGGCGUCCAGUGGCUAACAGAUGUUAACGUAUCAGCCACGUUAGUUGACUUGUUUAUAGCGGGUAUCGAGACAUCAUUCACAACAAUCCAAUGGUUGCUAUUAUUUAUGGCCUACUUUGAGGACUGGCAGCAAAAGCUUAGGGUAGAGAUCGAUGAGGUGUUGGGCGAUAGAGUGGCCACAAUGCAAGACAGACCGCUUAUGCAUUGCGUGCAGGCAUUUCUCGCAGAGUCUCUACGCUAUCGCACCGCCGCCCCAAUCGGCUCUCCGAGGAACACACUUUUGGACACUACUAUCGCUGGUCAUCCAAUAGCCAGCCAAACAAUGGUUGUGCAGCACACAUACAAUAUGUCUAUGAAUGAGAAAUACUGGCCGCGAAGUAGUGAUUUUGAUCCGGGUCGUUUUCUGGAUAAACAUGUACGCCCGCCGGCAUUCAUACCCUUUGGCACCGGACGUCGUGUAUGUAUCGGAGAAUCGCUGGCAUUGAAUAUAAUGUUUAUAUUUGUGGUCCGAUUCCUGCAAUUAACACGCGAUCACCCGAUAAGACUGACCCACAAAUACCGUACGGAUCAUACAUUAGAGCCGUUGGUCAACCAAAACAUUUUUUUCUUAGUGCCGACGGACUAUGAAAUUGUAUUUGAAAAAUAG